CGAAGCUGCACUGAGGCUGCACUGGUCGUUGAUCCGUGUUGCUGUGUGCUGAGCAUCUAAUGUGCUGGUCCUUUGCCAUCAUGCGGCGGCCCCUCAUGCAAGUGCGAUGGAUCGACCGGCCAAUCAGAGAGGCUGUCUUUGUCUAUCGCUACGGGCGUCAAUGAAGGCAACAUCGCCCGUAUGCUCUGCAGCUGCCCGUCUACUUAUAUACAUACAUAAUCUAGGAACAAGCACGCUGAGGCUAUCAGCGGACCAUUACACUCUUGCACUCUAUCUAGGAACCUAUCUGCCAAUCCGGCACCCUGCCCAGGUCCGAUGCUCAUGCACCUGCCGCUCGGCGCACCACGAUAGUUGAAGUGCCCGGACCGCAACAUGCCUUUGAACACCGCAGCUAUAAAGCCUUGGAAGCGCUCUCCUGGAAGCGGUCACUCUUCUCUCCCUUCAAGGAUGGGCAUUGACAUUGCAUCCUACUCGAACGAGCCUGUCACCCUCGCUAUUGUGGGGUGCGGCAGCAGGGGCAAGGCGUACAGCGCAUAUGCUAUCGGCGAGCCAACCAAAUGCAAGGUCGUCGCUGUCGCGGAGCCGCGCCCGAAGACACGAAAGCUCAUGACUGAGGCUCACCUGGUCGACAAGACUCUCACCUUCGAGUCCUGGCAAGACCUACUGAAGGCAUCUGAGGAGACGGUCAAGACGGUCGGGAAACGUCUGGCUGACGCCGUCAUCAUCGCAGUACAGGAUCGCAUGCACUUGGAAGUGACGCUCGCCUUCGCGGAGCAAGGGUAUCAUAUCCUCUGCGAGAAGCCUAUGGCGACUAGCAUUGAGGACUGCAUUAAGAUGGAGGCGGCCGUAAAGAAGGCCAACAUCAUCUUUGGGAUGGGACAUGUCUUGCGUUACUCCCCAUACAACAAAGCCGUGUCCGAGUUCGUGUUGUCCAGGGAGCUCGGGCAGCUAGUCAAUGUCGUUCACGUGGAACCUGUCGGGUACUUCCACUAUGCGCAUUCAUACGUAAGAGGGAACUGGUCGAAAGAAGAGGAAUGCAGCUUCUCCCUCAUGACCAAGAGCUGCCAUGACAUCGACCUUUUGUGCCACUGGCUGAGCCCGGGGACACCUAAGCGUGUUUCUUCCUUUGGCUCACUAUUGCAUUUCCGGAAGGAGUCAAAACCGAGGGAGGCUGGUGAUGCGAAGCGGUGCUUCGACUGUGCUUACGAGCGUACAUGUCCAUACAGCGCGAAGAAGAUCUACCUGGAGCCGCUGUCAAAGGGUCAGAUCGGCUGGCCGGUCGCCACGAUCGUCGAUGGCAUUCCUGACAUCGAGAAUGUGACGUCCGCUCUGCAACACGGCUCGUAUGGUCGCUGUGUAUACGAGCACGACAACAACGUCUGCGACAACCAGGUAGUAAACCUCGAGUUCUCCAACGGAGCGACGGUCUCCUUCACCAUGAUCGCGCAGACCGAGCGCAUCUGCGAACGGCAGAGCCGGCUGCACUUCUCGCACGGCGAGAUCAUCGGCGACAUGAACACCUUCACCGUGACCGACUUCCGCACGGGCAAGACGACGCACCACGCGCCCAAGAGCGAGGGCGGCAACCACGGCGGCGGCGACAUCGGGCUCAUCCGCACGUUCGUCGAGGCGGUGCGCACAGGGCAGCAGGAGCUGCUCGGCACGAACGUGAGCGAGGUGCUGAAGAGCCAUUUGACCGUCUUCGCGGCGGAGCAGAGCAGGCGGAUGGGACGGUGUGGAUUGUGAGAAGUUGAGCAGGAGGCGAAGCUAGGGUACUGGCUUGAAUGUGCAUCUUCUCUAUUUGUGCUUGUAUCUUCCUCUUGGCAUCGGUUGUCUUGUGGUCAUAAUGGACUAUAAGGA